UGUAAGCACGAGGAAAACACACGCAACUUGUUGGAUUGUAAACAUAUUAAAGAAGAUUUAAUUAUUAACCAUGCAACUGCAUCAACAGAGACCACACCAUGACAUUGCAGCCCUCUUCGCAGAAGCAAAGGAUUAUCUACGGAUCAGUGCGCCGAUGGUGAGAUACAGUAAGCUGGAAUUCCGAAGAUUGGUGCGACAGAACGGCGUACAAUUGGCAUUUACGCCAAUGAUGAUCUCCGAUUCGAUCAAUAACAGUGAGAAAGCGCGGCAGAAUGAGUUUUCCACUGGUCCGGAUGAUCAGCCACUUAUAGCACAGUUUGCGGCCAAGGAUGCAACGGAAUUUGCCACAUCCGCACAGCUGAUUUAUCCGUAUGUCGAUGGCGUCGAUUUGAAUUGUGGCUGCCCGCAAAGCUGGGCCAUUGCCAAAGGAUACGGCUGUGGUUUGCUACGACAGCCGGAUCAGAUACGUGAUGUUGUCCAAACUCUGAGACGAACGCUGCCCACGGAUUUCAGUGUCUCCGUAAAGAUGCGCCUGUUGCAGGGAAACGACAACGAGACAUCCGUGCAGAAGACCAUAGAGUUGGCUCAACAACUGGAGCACUGUGGCGUCACAUUCCUGACGCUGCAUGGACGCACAGCCGCCCAGAAGCAUUCCAAGGAUACACUUAAUAUUGAGGCCAUGGCAGAAGUGGCCAAGUCGCUGCGGAUCCCACUGAUAGUCAAUGGCAAUGUGGAGAGCUUUCAGGAUGCCUGCGAACUGCAUGAAAAGACCCAGGCGGCAGGCGUGAUGGCAGCACGUGGAUUGCUGGCCAAUCCGGCGUUAUUCAACAGCGAUUAUCCACUGGCUACAGCGACACCGCGAGCCUGUGUGGAACAGUGGCUGGACAUUGCCGAGCUGGCGGGUGAUCAUUUACUUUUCCAGUGCUUUCUUCACCAUCUCAGCUUCAUGUGGAGCAACCAAAUGAAACGGAUUUUACGUGUCCAACUCAAUAGCCUUAACAGCAAAUCCCAAGUGCUGGAAUUCCUCGACGAGCACUGUGAUCUGCGUCCUAGUGUCGCCAACUCAACUCCACCUGUCUACACAAAUUGCACUUAUAAUCAUUUUACACCGCCGAAGCAUUCGCGACAUUUGGCAGCGGAGGCAGAGGAAAAAAGCUGUUGGGAUGCUGCAAGCGAUGGCAAAUUCUUUAGCGAAUUCAAAUCGCAGCAAUUAUCUAGCAAUAACAUGGAAGACCUGGAGCUGGGUGGUCUAUUCGCAGACGAAGACUGAUGUUUGAUUAUUGACAAUUUUAUGAAUAAAAUUCCGUUUUCUUAAA